AUGCGUGGGGUUCUAUUUAUUGCCAUUUUGGCGUUCUAUGCCGAUGUGGACGGGGCAUCAGCAGCCGCGGGAACCGGUAGCACAGGGCUCAGGGCGAGCAGCAGGCAGCGAGGCGGAGAUCGAGGCGGCAGCACCGCCGUAGAUCGGGCCUUGACGGCAAGGAAGAUCGCGGAGCGAAGGAAGCGUCGGGACGAUGCAGUGCCCCCCGACCACGGUCGCUCUACCGGCGGGGUGGAUUCCCCUACGGUGGUGAUCGGGGCCGUGUUGGGGGAGAGAAGGGAUGGUACUGAAGGACAGCCGUACGGGGCGGAAGGAGGGCAGUGGGAAUCUGACGAAGAAGAAGAGGAGAACGAGGAGGAGUACGACGACGACGACGACGACGACGACUGGGGAGACGAGGAUGAUGACGGCGGUGGUGGCGGUGGUGCUAUUGAUAGUCUCGACGACGACGAGUUUGACGACUUGGAAGAGCACGGCGGAGCGGGAGCGUACGACAGCCGCGGACGACGAGACAGCGGGCGCUACAGCAGCGACAGCCGUCGCCGCCCCGCCCCCGGCCGCGGCCCCCAGGGGCCAAAAGCAGGCGCCCUUGCCGGUGGUGGCGCAAGGUCGAGCUCGAACCGCCGCGCGUACUACGAUGAUGGCUUCGGCGGCGGUAGCGGCGGCGGCGGCGGCGGCAGCAGGAGCAGGAGGGGGGCGGGGGCGUCGUCGCCGUCCAGCAUGCAGAAGACGAAGGCGACGGGCGGCGUGAUGAAGAGCGUCGGGAAGGCGACGGGCAAGUCGAUGAAGGCCAUGGUGCACGCUCUGCAGCCCAAGUCCGUCGGCCUCGGGGAGAUCCUAGACACGUGGAAGAUCGAGCAGGUCGUCGGUAAGCCUCCCGGGCGGGUCACCAAGUGCGCGGCUACGGUCGAGUUUCGGAGGGACGGCACCGUCGCGACGUCCUUCGACGGACGCGAGACCGUCUCCGAUUUCACCUUUCGGGCGCACGCCUGGCCGAGGGCGUGCACCAUCGAGUUCGAAGCCAAGGCUUUCCAGGGACCGUGGGAUGAGGAGCCGGUCUGGAAGGUGUACAAGGGGUCGUUCUCUCGCAAGCUGUUGGACCCCAAGAUCAUCAUGCUGGAGGGCACCAUCUACGACGUGACGGGAAAGAUGAUGUGGAAGCGGAGGGUCAAGUCCGGCAAGUUCACCGCCCGCAGGCGUCCGUCACGGGUGACCCGCGGGGGCGGGGACAGAGCCGACCCUGGCAGAAAGAAGAGCGCCAGGAGGGCCUACGAAGAAGAGGAGCAGGAGGAGGGGUGGGGAGUCUCGGGAGACGGAGGGGCAAGAGCGGGCAGCGGCAGGCGCAGCAGUGGAAGUGGUGGUGGUGGUGGUGGUGGUGGUAGUGGUGGCAAAAGGCGGAAAAGUGGCACACGUGCUCGGAGUAGCAGCAGCAGCGGAAGCGGAAAAAAAAGUCGGUCCAGGUCUAACAGAGACGAGUUCUAG